AUGAAUUGCUCCCCAAACUCCGCCAAUCCCAGCACGGGCGACGAGAGUCUCAAGGAAACAAUCGACGACUUGACACGCAUCUUCGACGUGCGGUACUCGGAUAAAACCAAGCUGAUAAGUGUUGGCAACGCCAUUGUCACCAUUCUGAGCAAGACAAGCUUCGCCAAUAUUACGACCGCCACCAUCAAGGCCUUGAUGUUCCUCCUUGCCACGUGGAGCCGCGCCGUGCGCCGAGUAUUCGACGAUGCGCUCCUGCCCAUAACCGAGGAUGCUGAACUUUUUGUCCUUAAAGACUGCUUUGAGGAUGCGUGCCGUUUGUGGUAUGACAUUGAAUGGCAGUAG